AUUUAUUUUAACAAUAAAUGUUUUAUAGAUGCUAUAUGCUUUCGAUGCAUUUAUGUAAGAGCUUAGCAAGUAUCCGACCUCAUACUAAAACCAUAUGUUUUCUGAACAAUAUACGUAAUCUUUUAACCAGUUCUAACUUUGAGAUAUCGAAUGGCUACCAGCCAGGUGUGAGCAGUGUUUGUGGAAGAAAUCACAUUAAUGAAGACAGGUUUCUUAUAAGAAAUGUUUCUGCCAAAUUUCAAUUUUUUGGAGUAUUUGACGGACAUAACGGUAGUUACGUUUCUGAAUUUGUACGAAACCGUCUUGUGAAUUUACUAGAAAAAAAUCUCUCCCAAAAAGCAGAUGAUCACCUGUUUGAAGUCGUAGAAAAUACUUUUUUGGUUUCUUUUGAGGAGUGUCAGAAAGAAAUUGAAAAGCAUCUUAGAAAUGAAAAUUUUAAAGAGAAAGAUAUUGUGGGUUCAACAGCCGUGGUUGCACUUUUAACAAAUCAAACUUAUCUUUCAGUAGCAAAUAUUGGUGAUAGUAAAGCUAUAGUAAGCGAAAAAGGAAAUCCAGUUGAACUUUCUAUUGAGCAUAGUCCAAGUAAUCCUCAUGAAGCUCAACGCAUAGAAAAACGAGGUGGAUGGAUUGAUUGGGACAGUCAUUUUAAUCCGUUAGUCAAUGGACGUCUGUCUAUUACACGUUCAUUUGGAAACUUAUCUCUUCGCUCUUCUGGCAUUGUCAGCAAACCUACUAUUCAACAUAGAGUUGUCGACAACGAUUCUUUUUUAGUGUUAUGUAGUGACGGGAUCAGCCAUUCGAUUACUGACCGCGAGAUCGUUUCUAUAAUUAACCAACAUAAAAAUCCUGCAGAUGCUUGCUUUGACCUAACAAGUACUGCCCAACAGUAUGGAUCAGAUGAUGAUGUUACUGCUAUUGUGGUUCCAUUAAAUAAGUGGGCUGUUCAUUUUACUGACACUUCCCCUGUCGCUUACAGUAUGUUUCGAACAAUGAUUGGAUCUCGUUCUGGUGGAUAAUUUCAUAAUGGUUGCUUUUUUUCUAGUGAAUGAUAUAUUUGUUACAAUAUUGUAAAUAUUUACUUAUGUUUUUGUAUAAUUUGUAAAAGUCUUUUGUAUAAUUUGUAAUAAUCUUUAAUAAUAUAGUUGAAACAUCUAUAUUUUGCGAAAA